AGGAAUAGGCGCACAAAUAACAAACUCUUGAGGGCGGUAGCAAAUUAGAAUUAGGUUUUCAACUUGGAGCUCCGACUAAAAACUUACAGAGGCAGUGGAGUAGUAGAGAGUAAAGGAAGGUGGUAACUGCGAGGAGGAAAAGAGAAGGAGAUGGUGAGGCUCACUGCGGAUUUGAUAUGGAAAAGCCCUCACUUUUUCAAUGCCCUUAAGGAGAGAGAGCUCGAUCUUCGAGGUAAUAAGAUACCGGUAAUCGAAAACUUGGGAGCUACAGAGGACCAAUUUGACACCAUUGAUUUGUCUGACAAUGAGAUUGUUAAGCUGGAAAAUUUGCCCUAUCUUAAUCGAUUGGGUACUUUGAUUAUCAAUAACAAUAGAAUUACCCGCAUCAAUCCCAACAUUGGAGAGUUCUUGCCGAAGUUACAUACUUUAGUGCUUACUAACAACAGGCUAGUCAACUUGGUUGAGAUUGAUCCUCUUGCGUCACUCUCGAAGUUGCAGUAUCUUAGCCUGUUGGAUAACAACAUCACAAAGAAACCCAAUUAUAGGCUGUACGUGAUUCACAAAUUAAAGUCGCUUCGGGUUCUGGAUUUUAAGAAGGUGAAAGAUAAGGAGAGACUGGAAGCAAAAACUUUGUUUUCAUCAAAAGAAGUUGAGGAGGAGACUAGGAAGGUAUCCCCUAAGAAAUUUGUGCCAGCUGAGGAUACGGAAAUGGCUGAGGAACAACAGACUCCGAAAGUGGUUGUGCCCACUCAGGAUCAAAUUAAUGCUAUCAAGGCUGCUAUUGUGAACUCCCAGACUCUUGAAGAGGUUGCAAGACUUGAACAGGCACUGAAGUCAGGCCAGCUUCCUGCAGAUUUGAAAAUUAUGGAUGAUGAUACUCCAACCGACACUGGUAAAGACAAGGAUGAUGAAAUGGUUGUUACCAACGAAAAUGAGGCCAAUGCUGAAGUAAAAGAUGUGGAGGAACAGAAGAACAAUGAAUCAGAACCAAUGGAUCAGGAAUAAAAGGGAUCUAUUCAAAUUCCAGUAUCUUAAAGCUUGUCCUAUUUGAAUACCUUGGUGGCAACUGGAAAUUUUUUUGUUACAAUAUUGUGAUGUACGCGGAACUAUUUUGUUCAAUAUAUGAGGAAUUUUGUGACUCGUGUUAUCAGACAUGACAACUAAUCUUGUGCCCUGAUUAACUGAUUGUAAUUUCCCGUUUUAGCUAUGAGUGUUAUAG